AUGGCCGAGGCGGUCAACUCCCCGCGAUAUCACUCCAAGGCGCGCCCAUCCACAACAACACCUGCGGCCUCUACUACCCCCGCCAUGCCGCCCUUCCUCUCGCCGCGCCUGGCAAGUUCGCCCCGACGUUCCAACGCUCCGCAGACACCUAGUCCGAAUUACUUUGGCUUCCAAAGCGACGGCAGCUCAUUUAUGAGCAAUUCGCCAAACCACCACACGAAAGCGAACUGGAGUCCUCCGUCAUCUACCAUUCGAUCAGCAGCCGCAAUGUCGCCCAGUGUCGUUCCUCUCGAUCAGAAUCCCGACUUUGAUGCCUUUCGCCGGCAGUCAGAAGGCAAGGCGUUCAACCUGGGUGGCCUUAACAACUUCAACAUGAGCAUGCCGAGUCCCAGACCAGCCGCUGGCCGCACAACAACCCCUCAACUGUUGAAACAGAAAUCCGCGCCAAUAGACUCCGCCUCAACGACUUCCUUGUCGAACCAUCGCAAUGACAUGGGAUCUUCCGCUACCGACUCGUCACGGUCUCCUAAGAGAGUCUUGUCGCCCGGUGCCUCACAGAGUAAACGUAGGGGAUCGCCUCCGACAUACGACAGCGCUCAGGGAGACUGGACUAGUCGAAAGGAUAUGUCGCUACCGGAUAUUCAACCACGUUACAAGCUUCCACUAGACGCUGCAAGUGGGGCAUACAAUAACAGCGCCGCCAAACCUCGAGCUGAAACUCUCCCCAACUUGGGCGAUACUGACGCCCAAAUUCUAGCGACACCACAACACGUCAUCAAUCUUCUAGAGUCGAAGCCUGAGCAGGUGCUGCUACUUGAUUUGAGAGUGUCAACGCAGUAUGCCAUGUCACAUAUCACCGGUGCGCUCAAUCUGUGCAUUCCUACCACGCUCUUGAAAAGACCAUCGUUCAACGUCCAAAAGCUGGCCGACACCUUCAAAGAUGACGAUCAGCGCGCAAAGUUUGAGAGAUGGAAAAGCAGCAGCCACAUUGUUGUCUACGAUGCAAGCUCUGCGCUUCUCAAGGAUGCCACCAUCUGCUUGAACACCAUCAAGAAGUUCCGUGGUGAAGGCUACGAAGGCUCACUCUAUAUCAUACGCGGUGGAAUCAAGGAAUUCGCCGCUCGCUUUCCCUCUUUUGUGGAAAGCGGGAUGGAUGCUCAGCCGAUGUCAGUCGAUGGUGACGGUCCAGAGAUAGCCCCUGUCAUUGGAGGCUGCCCGAUGCCUAUGACAGACCAACCCGCCAAUCCAUUUUUUGGGAACAUUCGGCAAAACAUGGAUCUCAUAGGAGGAGUCGGUCUGAUGCCGAUUAAGCAUCCAUCAAAAGCGACCAAGUCGGCCGAGAACGAAUUUCCGGAAUGGCUCAAACAGGCUUCGAACGAUCACGACCAAGGACAACGUGUUUCUAAUAAGUUCGAACAGAUUGAGUGGAGAGAGAAGAAACGAAUGGAGGAAGCUCUCUCCGGGACAGUCUCGUUCGGGACGCCAAAGCAGGAAUCGCACGACGCGAUCCAAAUUGCAGGUUUUGAAAAGGGCAACAAGAACAGAUACAACAACAUUUGGCCUUUUGAGCAUUCAAGGGUGAGACUUCAGGGCGUGCCAAACCAUGGUUGCGACUACUUCAACGCCAGUCACAUCAAAGCCGCGUGGAGCAACAAGCGGUACAUCUCCACGCAAGCUCCUAUCCCGGCCACUUUCAACGAUUUCUGGAAUGUUGUUUGGCAGCAGGAUGUUCGAGUAGUUGUCAUGCUCACGGCGGAGAAGGAAGGGGCUCAAGUGAAAGCGCACAACUAUUGGGACUCGAAGCAGUAUGGGUCGCUCCAUCUGGACUUUCUUUCGGAGAAGCGAGCGUCCAUUGAACCCUCGAGGAUUCACAAGCAUCAGAAACGCCCAUCUACCGGGAAGCGUUCGGCGACACAGUCGCAGAAUCCGCAAGUACCGCUUGCACAGAUUGACGGCAAGGAUAAAGACGGUGGCGAGGAGCCCUUUGUAAUUGUACGCAAGUUUACCAUCAGCCACGAUCGAUACCCCUUCGAGCCCAUGCGAGAAAUCACCCAGCUGCAGUACUCCAGCUGGCCUGAUUUUGGAGCCCCAGCGCAUCCUGCACACCUUCUUGGCUUGGUAGAGCAGUGCGACGCCGUGGUGCGAGCGACGAACAAGGCACAUGCCUUUGGUCCGGAUCAACAAUACCAGCGACCUAUUCUGGUCCAUUGCAGUGCAGGCUGUGGUCGAACUGGUACCUUUUGUACCGUGGACUCCGUCAUUGACAUGCUGAAGCAACAACGCAAGGCGCGUAAGUCGCAUCUGCCUUAUGCAAUGGAAAUUGACAAAUCGCCUUCGCGCGUUGAAGAAGACAACUUCUUCGCAACGAGGUCCUCUGUCAGUGAUGAUUCAAAAGACGGGGCUUGGAUGCAACGCGAUGACCUGGAUCUGGUUGAGAAGGUCGUGGAAGACUUUCGUCAUCAACGCAUCAGCAUGGUUCAGAGUUUACGGCAGUAUGUUUUGUGUUAUGAGAGUGUCAUGGAAUGGCUUGUGGACCAUCGGGAGGACUCAUAG